GAUCGGGCUAACUUCGUCACGGACGCUACCAACUCGCUAUCGGAGGAGGGGAGACGUAUGUCAUCACUACCUUGCGCGGCCGGCGAGAAGCUACCACUCACCUGGAGGGGGAGGCGGAGCGGAGGGCGGGCCCUACCACCCAGGGGAGAAGGGGGCGGGGACACAUAGAAGCUCCCUUACCAACCCGGAGGCUUGACCUUAGUGGAGAGCCGAGACGGCGCGUCCCAGGAGUGAAUACAGGUUGCUGGGCUACAGCUAGGGGCCGGGGCAGAGGUCCUGAAGGGCAGGUGGCGAUCUGAAGAAUCUCGGGCGCUGCUCUGCUGGGACCCAAAUUCUUUGUGAGAAUGAUGACAAGGAGCGAGUUUACAGAUUUAUGUAUAAGCGCGGGCGAGGAGGAAAACCUACAUGGGAUAAAGACUUUCGGAGAGAGGUCAGAGGGCACGAAGUUGUGCCUGCAGCUGUUACCAUGGUAACCGGGUACCGGAUGUGGCGAUCUUAGGAUGCGACAGCCCUCGCUUCUCAGGCCUCCUGGCCCAAGACCCUCUCGACUAUAUGGCACACUGUGAGGAACGGGUUGUGGUGUUUUCUCUGCGGCGAGGAAGAAUAGAAUAUUUUUUAAGCCUCUAUAAAAACGCAGCAAAGAGAAGGUUCUACAUCGCGUCCAUGCCUGGCAAAGACCUGAGGAUGCGGCUGCAGCAGAGGCUCCCCGCAGCCUUCCGGAAGUGAAAUGGCGGGAGUCUCAGCCUCACUGUCCACCGUCCCCCCGGAAGCGGAAACAGAAUCCCAGCUUGCCCCUUCCUCACUGCCCUCCAAAUUCUACUGCAGCCAUUCCCGCAGCCACGAUGCCAAAACGAAAGAAGCAGAAUCAGCAGCAGCAGCUUCCACCGCCGCAGCCCCCACUGCCAGAGCCGGGAGAGACUGGAGACGAGGACGACAGAAGUCCCAUCGGACCACCCAGCCUUCUGGGCCCUCCCCCCAUGGCCAAUGGAAAGCCUGGUGACCCCAAGUCAGCUCUUCAUAGAGGUCCUCCAGGAUCAAGGGGACCAUUGAUUCCACCACUGCUGAGUCUCCCACCUCCUCCCCGGGGUAGAGGGCCAAUGCGGGGAAGCCUAGGUCCCAGAUUUGGCCCAUAUGGUCAUGGUUGGUGGGGAGUCAAUGCUGAACCUCCUUUUCCUGGGCCAGGCCAUGGGGGUCCCUCCAGGGGAGGCUUUCACAAAGAACAAAGAAACCCUCGAAGGCUCAAAAGCUGGUCUCUCAUCAAGAAUACCUGCCCUCCCAAAGAUGGACCACAGGUUACGGAAGACAAAUCCGACCGCCCCGUCUGCCGACACUUUGCCAAAAAGGGCCAUUGUCGAUAUGAAGACUUCUGUGCCUUCUACCAUCCAGGCGUCAAUGGACCUCCUCUGUGAGACUGUGCCUUCCCAUCCAGGCUGGAACGAGCCCUCUGUGACCUAGCGGCCAUAAUCUCCCUGUGGCCCUGUGAUGGCUGCUGUGAGGCUCUCCGCCUGACACCCUGAAUCAGUGACGCACCUAUCCCCAUCCAUCACCUCCCCGUUUGGGGUCCAACGUUGUGUUUCAUCACUGGUGCGCAGUGUGCGCUCUUGUGAUCCGGCCUCGAGAGACUCGUCUUUGGGGCUCCAUCUUUGCUCCCUUCAGCUGCCUCCUGGAUCCUCUUCCCCCUUGCCAAAUGACUGCUGAACAGGAAACCUCGUUGGUGCUGUUUCUCGUGCAUCUGUCCACCCAUACCCAGUAUUGCCCUCUAUUCCUGAGAGCCCUGGAGCAGUUUCCUACCAUUCCUUUCUUCUAGCUGCUUGUUCGAAGUCCUUUUUAUGUGACUCCCCCUGCCCCUAAUGUUGUCAGCUGCUCUGUGAAACUCACCAGGUUGCCAGGCCUGGGGUCAAGUGUGAGUGACUGGUACAGAGUUACUCCCUGAAAGGCCACUCUCCCUGCUUUUGGAUUUUGUAGUUUCUGUGUCAGUAGCAUGAGCCCCAUCGCUAUGGUCUGUGAUCACUGUGCUUUGUGAAGCUGUGCAUCCCCUCGUAGCCUUUCUCAGUGUUUGUGGCAUUUUUGUGGCUUCCCAACACUAGAGUACAUUUUCUGCCAAACUGAGUGAGGCUCUUGGUGCCCUCUAGACUUUCCCACCUCCCAACACGGGAGAAUUGUGAAACUUUCCAAGAGACUGCCUCCCUGGUCCUUCCAUUCUUCUCCCAGUGUCAGUUAUUCUGGGUCUGACAGGCCCAUGAGACAUCUUGUAAAGCCUCUGAUGGGCCUACCCUGUCUCCUUUCCAGCCUGUUUUAGUUAGACUAUGUCAUUGUGAGGCCACCAGCCGUUUCGUUUGAAUUCUGUGAAUCUCCACCUGGCCUAUCAUCAGGUGGAACCUGGACAGUACUGUCGCCCUCUUCUACUCCUCUUCCCCUACAUCCCUGGCACUGGUUGUUUUCUGUGAAAACGGCAGUGAACAGAUGCAGUUUUGAAGUGGCCCUGAGGAAAUGGGUCAGGAGUCAUGUGGGCAAGAGGGAGGAAUGAGAGCCGUUGGAGAACUGAGAAUGACCUUUUUUUUUCUUUUUAACAUUUUUUUAUAUUAGUAAUAAACACAGUGGAAACAAGCAUUUUCUUUAGUCCCUGUGUUCCAGUCACCUCUGGAGGUGCAGUGAGGUUAUUCUGACAUGGAGUCAGCGCUUUCUUCAGUUAGUCUGUGAACAGUGGUGGUGGAGAAUGUCAAAGCUUAAAUUUCUUCUAGUCUGAAAGAAAAAAUGGGUUCCGUUAACCUAUAGGCUUCAACCAAACCAGGCUGCAUUAUGUUCAAGGGUAAAGUUUAUAGGAAAACGAAAGGACAGGUAUCCAUGGAGUAAUAUUCAGACAUUUUACAACUGUUUGUAGGUUUGGUGUUUAUGGAGAAGUAGUGGCUAAGCUUUCUUUUUUAAAUAUUUGUAGAGUGCCUGUGGGCCAGGCAACAUACUGGGCACUAGAGACAACUGAGAGCCAAAACAGAUGAAUUUGAAAUCUAAAGCAGGACACACAUUCACCAAAUAAUUACAAAUACUUGGAAAGUUAAACUGUCAAAAGUGCUGUGAAAAAGAUGUGAAAGGAGUGUGUACAAAAGGGAAUCAGGCAAGGAGAUCACACAGACUCGCUCUGAAAUAAAGCAGGAGGUGAAGUGGGAGAGAACGGUCCAGUCAAAGGUCUGAGAUGAGCUAAGAGAAUUACGGGAAGAGUGGAGGCAAGGCAAAGGUACAGGAGGCAGACCACCCAGGGCCUUGCAGAAGAUAAGGAUUUGGGUCUCUAAAACAAGACUUUGAAGAGUUAACCAGGUGGAUUAGAAAGACCUUUUAGGAUCAACUCUGAUAAUAUAUAGAGAGGUCCAAGCUUGGAAAUGGAGGUUAAAAGGUACUUCAGUAGUCCAGGUGAAUCAUGGUGGCUUAGACCCUGGGUAUUGGCAGUGCAGUUGGAGAAAAGUGAACCUUUGGAAAUAAGUAAAAAUGAAGUAUUUUGAAUUUCUUGAGGGUAGUUACGCAGAAAGGUAUUGGAAGAGAACAAACAAUGCCAUUAAUUUUGAAUUAUUGGGUCUGAACUGCCUUUUAAGACAUCUAAGCAGAGAUGUGAAGUAAGUAGUUGGAUGUACAGGUUUGGUAUUCAGAUUAAAGCUAAAGACAAAUUUGAGUCAUCUGUACAUAGGUGGUGGUUAAAGCCAUGAGCACGGAUAUAUUGAUUCACUUAGUAAAUAUUAAGCACCUAUUAUGUUUCAGAAGGAAACCCAGGUAGUUUAGUGGUUAAGAACUGUAGCUGCUAACCAAAAGAUCAGCAGGUCAGAUCCACCAGUUGCUCCCUGGAAAUUCUGUGGGGCAGUUCUACUCUGUCCUAUAGGGUCGCUACGAGUUGGAAUCAACUUGAUGGCAAAGGGUUUAACGGGUAUAUUUCAGGAGCCCUGGAAGUACAGUGGCUAAGAGCUCAGCUGCUAAUCAAAAGGUCAGCCAUUCAAACCUACAAGCUGCUCCUUGGAAACCCUGUGGGACAGUUCUGCUCUGUCCUGUAGGGUCACUAUGAACCAAAUCGACUUGUUGGCGAUGGAUUUUUUUUUUUUAAUUAUGUUUCAGUGUAAUCAGGUGUAAGUUCAGUUGUAACAGAAACCCAAACUUAGUAUUAAAGCAAGAUGGGAGUUAUUUAUUUUUCAAGUCAAGAAGAAGUAGUCUGAGGCAUGUGUGACAAUCAUGCCACAAGAUCCUAAGGUCUUUAGAGCCUCCUUCCCCCAGCUGUCAGAACCCCAAUCCCUACGGUACCAGUUGUGAUGGAGUCAACUCCGACUCAUGGUGACCCCACGUGUGUCAGAGUAGGACGGUGCUCUGUAGGGUUUUCAAGCUGAUUUUUCAGAAGCAAAUUGCCAGGUCUUUCUUCUGAGGCACCUCUGGGUGGAUUCAAAACUUCCAACCUUUCUUUUAGCAGCCGAGUGUGUUAAUCAUUUGCACCACCCAAGGACUUCAAUCCCUAGGGUAAGACCCUCCUAUUCACAAUCUAAAAUUAAGCUCUGGCUUCAUCCGUGUCCCAAGCCUCAAGAUGAAGGAAGGGACAGAGGACACCAGCUGUCUUGGAGGGAAUUUCCUGAAAGCUAACCUACAGCUCUUCAACUUCCAUCCAUCUGGCUGUAACUUAGUCCCAUGGCCAAUACCUGUGACUAGCUGUGAGUGAAGCUUGAAAAAGUAGUCUUUAUUCCAGACGGCCAUGUAUUUGGCUAAAUAUCGGGCUCUCAGCAGGUGAAAACAUGUUAGAGUAGGAUGAACAGCCACUCAACUGUGCUAAAAUUUGGAGAUAAAAUAGAGAAUAAGACAGUAAACGUAUCAAUGCCUUCCAGCCAAAGACCACCAGGAACACACCUAUAGUCAAAGUUGGGGUUAAGCCACUGCAUGGGUAACCAUGAGACAUCUCAUUAAGAGAGGAUUAGGAUUUCCUGCCAAUGCACCGCAAGCACAGCAACCAUUCUUUCAUCAGUGGAGGCUUUCACAAUGCUAUGAUGCUGAACUGUUUCAGCAGAGCUUCUAGACUAAAAUGGACUAGGAAGAAAGGCCUGGCAAUCUACUUCUGAAAAUCAGCCAGUGAAAACCCUACGAGCGUGAUAGUCUGAUUUGCAAUCAAUCAUGGGGUUGUGCAUUGUUUUGUUUCUUUCUAGGUGGUGUUGCCGUGAGUUGGGGCCACCUCAAUGGCAGCUAACAACAGGAAUGACACGGGAUUAGGGCUUGUGUUAGGUGAUUUGGGGUAAGGAUUAAGGAAGCAGGGAAUCAUUCUGGGUCAGGUGCUGUCAGGAGGCGGAAGCCUAUCUCAAUAAAUCUUAUCUAGAAGGAGGGAGAAAUGAAGCAUGGUAAAUGCUGUAACUGGUAAAGAAGCAGCAGUCACUCAUUAGCCAAGAGGGGUUGGUAUUCUGUGACUUGCACAGUGAUGUUUUUGUCAGUGCUUAGAUAAGGCUAUGAAAUUUGUCUCGCUUCAUUCUGGUCACAGAAUGACCUUGUUGGGUGUUGGCGUUCUGUGAGAUUAUGUUCAACGGGAGAACACCAUGGCCUAGUUGUGAGCACCAGUCCACCUCCUAGCAACACCAAAACCUAGCUGCUAAUAUGAGGCCAGUUGCCAGUUUUCAGUGCAUUUUUUUCUCAAAAGUAAACAAAUGAAUAAUCACAGAUUGUAAUUAAGUACAUGAAGGAAAUAAAGGGGCUGUUAUAUAGAGAAUAAUGAUUGGGGGCUAGUCAAGACAUGGUUGUUGGAAAGACUUCUCUGAGAUGGCCUGGGAAGCGAAUAUCAAGUGAGAAGAGAAGGCUCGGGACUUAUCCUGGAGAAACUCUGACAAUGGCCAAGUGGAGAAGGACAAGAGUGAGCCUGACAAGGAGACUGAGAAAAGAUGGCUGAAGAGGCAGAGAGGAGAAAUCUCAGCAUGUGGUGUCAUCUGGCUGCUUGCUGUGUGCCAGGUACCACGCUAAACUCUUUACAUGAGUUGUCUUACUUAAGCCUCACAUUCAUUCAACAAAUACUUUAGUGCCUACUCUAGAGCAGGCACUGUUUCAGGGGCUGAGGAUGCAUCAAUAAAAAGGAUGAAACUUACAUUACUGGAAAUGACAGACAAUAAAUAUAUGUGUAACAUAAUUUCAAGUAAUAAGAACUUCGAAGAAAAACAGUGAAGAGAUUAGUGACACGUGGAGUAGAACAGAUUGACACCAAAAUAGGGCUUCUUUGAGGAGGUAACAUUUAAACAGAAACCUAAAUUAAAUGAGGGUGCAAACUAUGUGAAUAUCUGUAGGAAGUACAUUCCAGGGAUGGGAACAGCAAGGGCAAAAGCCCUGAAACAAGAGUGAGUUUAGGGUGUCUGAGUAAAGAUAGAAGGUUAGUGUGUCUACAGUGUGGGAAAUGAGAUCAGGAAGUUUGGCAGGGGUCCGAGAACACAGAGCCCUGUAGGCCACGAUAAAGCAUUUGGUUUUCAUUCUAAAUGAAUGUUCUGAGCAAAUAAUUUACGUUUUUAAGAUACUGCUGACUGCAGGUGUGAAGGAUAGACUAGAGGAUGAGAGAACUGCAAGGAGACAAUUAGGGGACCAUUGCGCUGGUCCAGGGAAGAAGAGAUGACGAAGACGUGGCAGUGGAGAAAAGUGGUCAGAUUUGGGAUAUGUUUGAAGUCUAGGUUAAUAGCAAGUCUAUCUUUCUAGUUGCUCAAGCCAGAAACCUGGAGUCAUCCUUAAAUAUUCUUUCUGUCAUAUCCCACAUCUAUUAACAAAACCUGUUGUCUCUUUUUCCAAAAUAUAUCCAGAAACUAGCACUUUUCACCACCUGCACUACUAUCACUCUGGACUGAGUCACCAUCACUUCCUAACAGGUCUCCCUCCUUCUGCCAUUCCUCUCCUUCCCCCACCCCUAGUUUAUUCUCCACACAGACCCCAGGGUCAUCCUUUUAAAAUGUGGAUCUGGUCAUAUCACUCCUCUGCUCAGAACCCUGUGGUGACUUCCCAUUUUAAUCACAAUAGAAACCAAAAUCCUUAAGAUAACCUACCCAGUCCAGACCCUGCUUUAUACCUCUAAAUAACUCUCCAACAACCUGUUUAUAGUCAUGCCACCCCAGGCCUAGCAUGGGCUCCUUGCUGUUUGUUCCUCAGAUGUGCCAAGCACACUCCUGCCAUAAGGAGUUGCUCUAGCUAUUCCUCCUGCCAGGGUCUUCUUCCAGAUACCCAUAUGGCCAAAGCUCUCACCUUCUUCAAGAGUUUGUUUGAAUUUCACCUUCUCACUGAGUCUCAUGAACAGUCUGUUUAGUACUACAACCUACCCUCCUGAUACCCUUUACCUUGCUUGGUAUUCUUUUUUCCUAUAGUAUUAUCUCCUCUGCUAGAAUGUAAGCAAAUAUCUUUUAUGUACGUUAUUCAAUGUCUAUUCAAGAACCUAGAAGAGUGCCUGGCACAUCCCAUACCCUCAAUAAAUAUACUUGUUGAAUGAAUGAAGUAUUGCAGAUGGAUUGGUUGGGGAGGGGAAAUGGAGAGAGGAUGAUUUUCUAGUUUUGGCCCAAGUAACUAGAUGGAAGGUGUGUGAUUUCCUGAGAAGAUGAAGCCUGGAAGAGAUGCAGGUUUGAGGAGUAAAAGCAAGAGUUCAGUUAUGAAUAUAUUUUGAGAUACUUAUUAGACAUCCCAAUAAGAAUGUUCAACAAGCAGUCAGAGCUUGUAGCUCUGUAGCCUGUAGCCAAAGUUAGGACUGGUGAGAGACAUUUAGGAAUUUUCAUCAGUUAUAGAUAGUGUUUAAAGUCAUGACACAUAGGUGAUAAGUCUAGAUAGAGAAGAGUGCCAAGAAUCAAGCCUGAGGCACUUCAACAUUCAGACCUCAAGAGGAGAAACCAACAGUGGAGAGUUAAAAGGGAACAGCCUGUAGUAUAGAAAGGAAAUCUCGAGAAAACAGCGUCCCUGAAGAAAACGAAGGCAGGAGUGGCCAUCUUUAUCAAAUGCUGCUGAAAGGGUGAGUAGGAUGAGAUCAAAGAACUAGCCCCUGAUCUGGUGACCUUGACAAGAGUGGAUUCAGGGAAUGGUGGGGACAAAAGAAUGAUUGCAGGGGUUUAAGCAGUGAAUGCAAGCUGACAGAGCUAUGACAGCCUUUUACCCAAGCUCUGAUACCUAUAAAAUGAUAAACAUAAAAGUAAAUCCAAACCUUGACUGUGGUGAUGGUCUAAUGAGUGUAUACAUAAUGUAAAAAUGUAUCAAACUAUACACUUUAUGUGCAGCUUAUUGUUGUUAAGUAAAGAACAAAAUGACCUUUUGUGUCAGGUUCAGACUUUUCUGAGAGCAAUAAAUCAAAAUGCCAGGUACAAACC